AUAUCAGGUGUAGGACAGGGGACUGGUCCUUGGCAAUGCUUUGGCCGGGUAUCCUGAAGUGGGAGGAGAAAGCAGAGGGCACGGAUAUGCCGAGCGGGGUUCUGAGUACGAAACUGUCAGGUGCCUCCUCCCAGCACUAUCUGCUCCGGAGCACCCUCCCUCUUACUGGAGCCUCGCCGCACUUUAUCAGCCAGAGCCUUCUGCCCCCGGGAAGCCAGCCGGCGCCUUUAAAGAAAACUGAGCACCUCCCACCACUUCGAACCCAAAACUACCUACAAUAAAGACUAUUUAUGGAGAGAAAGGAAGGAUGAAUGGACAGUCUUUGAUUGGCGCCGCUGGUGAUGCCCCUCGUGGUCCUCUUUGGAAGGACCGUUGUGGAGAUGAGGCUGGUGAGGCCGGGCUCCGAGGCUUCGCCUGGCUUGGCGUGGUCCGGGCACACGGGCCCCCGGAUCAGGUGCUUGUUGGCUAUGAUAAAUGCAACAAGGAUGGGGCCAAAGCUAGCCAUGAGAACCCCUUAUUCACAGCCUGGCCACAGGGAGAAGAUGAGCUGGUUUAUCUGGAUAGAUUUGGGGAGCUGGAGGAAGAGGUAACCAUGGAGGACAGCCCCACUAUGGCUAAAAUGGACCAGGGUGAAAAUCAGGUUUUACCAAGUCCAAGAAGAAGGUAUCUCCCCAAGGCACUUGGCUACAUCACUGGUGAUAUGAAAGAAUUCGCCAGCUGGCUCAAAGACAAACCACAGGUGCUCCAGUUUGUUGACUGGGUCCUUCGGGGCAUAUCCCAAGUGGUGUUUGUCAGCAACCCCAUCAGUGGAAUCUUGAUUCUGGUGGGACUCCUGGUCCAGAAUCCCUGGUGGGCUCUUAACGGCUGUGUGGGAACGGUGGUCUCCACUCUGACGGCCCUAUUGCUUUCUCAGGACAGGUCGGCAAUAGCCACAGGACUCCAAGGCUACAAUGCCACGCUGCUGGGAAUCCUCAUGGCUGUCUUUUCAGACAAGGGCAACUAUUUCUGGUGGCUAUUACUCCCGGUGUCGGCUAUGUCCAUGACUUGUCCAAUUUUCUCAAGCGCGUUGAACUCCUUGUUCUGCAAAUGGGAUCUCCCAGUCUUCACUCUGCCCUUCAACAUGGCGUUGUCGAUGUACCUAUCGGCCACAGGACAUUACAAUCCAUUCUUCCCAGGCAAAUUGUUCAAACCUGUAACCGCGGUUCCCAAUGUCACCUGGCCUGAGCUCAAUGCCCUGCAGUUACUGAAAUCGCUGCCCGUGGGUGUGGGCCAGAUCUAUGGCUGUGAUAACCCGUGGACGGGGGGCAUUUUCCUGUUUGCCCUUCUGCUCUCCUCCCCACUCAUGUGCCUGCAUGCAGCCAUCGGAUCGCUGCUGGGGAUAGCGGCAGGACUCAGCGUUUCGGAGCCAUUUGAGAACAUCUACCUUGGACUCUGGGGUUUCAACAGCUCUCUGGCCUGCAUUGCAAUCGGAGGAAUGUUCUUGGCUCUCACCUGGCAAACCCACAUCCUAGCUCUUGCCUGUGCUCUGUUCACUGCCUACCUCGGAGUCAGCCUGUCCCACAUGAUGGCUGUGGUGGGGCUGCCGGCUUGCACCUGGCCCUUCUGUUUGGCCACACUCCUCUUCCUCUUGCUGACCACGAAAAACGACAACAUCUACAGGAUGCCCCUCAGCAAAGUCACUUAUCCUGAAGAAAACCGCAUCUUCUACCUCCAGGCCAAGAAGAAAAGGAUGGUUGAAAGCCCUUUGUGAGCGCAAUCCCCACCCACAGCCAAAGUCCCAAGGGGGCACUGACGCGGCUGACUGCCUCACGUGACUCCCAGGGUCUCGGCAAACUGCUGUUUUUCACUAGCAACAACAUUCACACUAACCCAUUGGCAAUCUGCUCUUAGGCUCAUUUUUGUGGCUUUCUUUUAGACUCCAGGAACAUCCCCAAACGUGUGAGAGACACGUCCAGAUGGUCUGCCCUGGUUGGGGCGUGGGUGCUAGACAUACACUCUACUUAUAAAGUCAAAUGCUCCAACAGAAAGAAGACGUGAGACCAGAGCUCACUAUUUCUCGAUAUUCUUGGUGUUUGGUUGGCUGCAUGAUACUGACAGUAUUACAAAUUAAGCUCUACAAACCAACGAAGCCUUCAAAGAAUGGAAUUGGUGGUCACAAAUCAAAGUCAACCCAGAAUUCUCUGAUAAGCAGUUUGACUUGUUUAAAAUCAAUACAAGUUCCGUGGGACAGCUGUGGCGCACACAGCUGGUUCUCCAGCUCCGGGGCAGAAGGGCCUGGAUGCGGCCCAAUGUGUGUGAGGCAUUCUACAGGAGAUGGUUGAUUCUUUCCAGGCUGACACAUUGUGUGGGAGGGAGAAAGGGAUUUUAUCAGUCAGAAUGACUCUGUGGUGUUAUUUUUCUUAGAAAUCGCAAAAGACAUUUUAGAUAAAGUAUAUGAUCUUUUUCUUAGGAGAAUGGAUUUGUUUCAAUGAGGUAAAAUAGAAGUUCUGGUUUCACGAGCCCCAGGUUAUUAAAGAAAAGUUGCAUUUUUUUAUAAAAUACUCAGCAUAGCUCUUUUUACUUUAAUCCCCAAGUUGAUUCUGUAAAUGCCAUGAAUGCCUAGAACCAAGUCAUCAACCUCCAGGGCCCUUUAAAACCACAUUUGGAAUUCAUCUGAGGAUGUCUUCAACCUUAUAAAGACUGAAAAUGAAGGUCAGAUUGUUUCUGGGUGCUCGGAAGUUGUUGAGUUUCUUACUUUAAAAAACAAAUUCAUUAUUUUUUGCACGCUCACAAUAUUCUCACUCAGAAACCUGACAAGACAUACCAGUAAAGGGUUCUCCUGUUUUUCUUCGCUUUAAUUAUAAAGUUAUCGGUCCUAUAAACAUUCUGUACCUGAACAUGUUGAGGACGCCGUGGAAAGUUUGCUCACUACCUUCUAGUUCAGUCUUUAUCAACUCAGUAUUUUGGGGGAUUCAAAAAGAGAAACCGUAGAAGCCUAAAGGAUUUUUCUCCUUGGAGUUUGCCAGGCUCAAUGCAAAACACACAGUUUGAUGCAUGAAAAAACAGAAGGGAAGGAACCCUACAAAUAUCUUGGGAAGAAGUCCACAUCUUCCUUUUCUCGGGGAACACAAACAUUGCUCCACUUUAACAACGCUGCAACCAAAGCCCUUUGAAGCCCUGAAUUUGCAACUCUCACAGUCAUGUGCAUGCCUGUGGAAAACUAAAUUUUUAAUCGUUCAGAUGGACAUCUCCCUUGUUAGGGAAUUUGUGAAAUAAGAUUGG